AGCACUUGAACGCAGCAGGAGCGCAGAGCGGCUGUCAGCGUUGGAUGAGGGAGAUUAUCCUCCUUUACUGCGACUCAGUGUUAACACGGAUCCAAACAGGCAGGAGGUGGUUAGUGACACAAAAUGGGAAACGCCGACACCAAACUUCACUUCAGGAAAGCGGUGAUUCAACUCACAACCAAAACACAGCCCGUAGAAGCCACAGAUGAUGCCUUCUGGGAUCAGUUCUGGGCCGACACCUCCACCACCGUCCAGGAUGUUUUCGCUCUGGUACCUGCGGCAGAGAUCAGAGCUGUCAGAGAGGAGUCUCCGUCCAACCUGGCAACCCUCUGCUACAAGGCAGUGGAGAGGCUGGUCCAGGGAGCAGACUCUGGCUGCCCCUCAGAGAAGGAGCGUCAGACUGUCCUGAACUGCACCCGCCUGCUCACCCGCAUCCUGCCUUACAUCUUUGAAGACGCCGACUGGAGAGGCUUCUUCUGGUCCACCGUGCCCGGAGCCGGCAGAACAGGGCGUCUGGACCAAGAUGGCGAUGAUGAUGAAGCACGGCCGCUGGCUGAAUCCCUGUUGCUGGCAAUCGCUGACCUGCUCUUCUGUCCAGAUUUCACUGCUCAGAGCCACAAGAAGAGCAGCCCGGACACUGCCGACGACAUUCGAUCCAUAGACAGCUGCGAGUACAUCUGGGAGGCCGGCGUGGGCUUCGCUCAGUCUCCUCCUCUAAACUACAUCCACGACCUCAACAGGACAGAGCUGCUGAAGUUGCUCCUCACCUGUCUUUCUGAGGCCAUGUACCUUCCUCCCUCCUCCGAGAGUAAGAACCUCAACCCCUGGGUGUCCUUCUUCUGCUCCUCAGAAAACAGACAUGCCCUGCCUCUUUUCACCUCCCUGCUCAACGUGGUGUGUGCCUACGACCCCGUGGGGUACGGCAUCCCGUACAACCACCUGCUAAUCUCCGACUACCGGGAGCAGCUGGUGGAGCAGGCGGUGCAGAUCCUUAUCGUCAUCCUGGAGCACGAGGCCGGGUCGUCCACCUGCGCUGCCCUCCAGGCCCUGGACACCUCCACGUCCCCCUCAGAUGUGGAGGAGCACGAGCCAGCUGGACCUGAUAACCUCUUUGUGAAUUAUCUCUCCAGGAUACACAGAGAAGAGGACUUGAGCUUCAUCCUGAAAGGUCUGGGGCGGCUGAUGAACAAUCCUCUGGUCCAGACUUACCUGCCUCGUUCCGCCAAGAAGAUCCAGUUCCACCAGGAGCUGCUGAUCCUCUUCUGGAAGUUCUGUGACUUCAACAAGAAAUUCCUGUUCUUUGUGCUGAAGAGCAGCGACGUGUUGGACGUGCUGGUUCCCAUCCUCUUCAGCCUGAAUGAAGCCAGAGCAGAUCAGUCUCGUGUGGGCCUCAUGCACAUCGGCGUGUUCAUCCUCCUGCUGCUGAGCGGAGAGAGAAACUUCGGCGUUCGUCUGAACAAGCCGUUCACUCUCCGCGUCCCCAUGGACAUUCCUGUUUUCACAGGAACCCACGCCGACCUGCUCAUUGUGAUCUUCCACAAGAUCAGCACCAGUGGACACCAGCGGCUCCAGCCUCUGUUUGACUGCCUGCUCACAAUAAUAGUGAACAUCUCACCGUAUCUGAAGAGCCUGUCCAUGGUGGCGGCCAACAAGCUGCUCCACCUCUUGGAGGCUUUCUCCACACCCUGGUUCCUCUUCUCCUGCCCCCAGAACCACCACCUGGUCUUCUUCCUGCUGGAGGUCUUCAACAACAUCAUCCAGUAUCAGUUUGAUGGUAACUGCAACCUUGUGUACGCCAUCAUCCGAAAGCGUAAUGUUUUCCACCAGUUGGCCAACCUGCCGUCCGACACAACGUCUAUUCAGAAGGCGCUGCAGAAGAAGCAGAAGAAGUCUGGGAUAUCCAGGAACAACUCUACAGAGUCGCUAGAGCGCUCCAGACCCGCUGAGCCCGCCACACUCAAGGCCAGUUUAGAGGCCACUCCAGGAAUCGAUAAGAUAACAGAGAAGUCCCAGGUGAGUGUGGAUGGUACCAUGAUCACUGUGCCUCAUCUAGAUUCUCCUGCUGACAACAGUGCUGGAGCUGGAGCCAGCGACACCGAGUCCAACUCCGAGAGAGACCACGAGGCAUACCAGACAGAGGAGGAAGCAUCGAGGAGUCGGUUGUCAAGCGUGUCAUCGGCAGCAGCCUGGAGCGCUAAUACAGACUGGGUGUUGUCAUGGAAAUCGAAACUUCCUCUACAGACCAUCAUGCGGCUGUUACAAGUACUGGUCCCUCAGGUGGAGAAGAUUUGCAUCGACAAGGGUUUGACAGACGAGUCAGAAAUCCUGAAGUUCCUUCAGCACGGCACGCUCGUCGGCCUCCUGCCCGUCCCUCAUCCCAUCCUCAUCAGGAAGUACCAAGCUAACGCAGGCACGGCCAUGUGGUUCCGCACAUACAUGUGGGGAGUCAUCUACUUACGCAACGUGGAUCCUCCAAUCUGGUACGACACAGACAUUCGACUCUUUGAGAUCCAGAGGAUUUAGGAUUCAGCAGCUGUUGAAUGUGUCCUCUUUGUUCUCUUCACACACUCGCCAACAACAAGAUCUGCCGGUUUUUACCUUCCUCACAGCUGAACUGUGAUCAGAGGAACAUUUGACACCGCUCUGGUGUUACUAAACAAGCAGUGAUACUCUUGUACUUCAUUCUUCCUGCCAACAUUCAGGGAUCAGAAAAAAAACGAAGAAUGUCCAAAUGUCAUAAAACAUUAUUUACUGUGUAUCACAUACAAUCUGUAUUAUGAGCAAUGCCAGAUGGACAUUAAAUUUGACAUCAUGAAAUGUGACAUUUGUUGAACAUUAAUUUAUUCACAAACUUUUUUCACAAAAAACUAGGAAACCAUUUCUUUAUGGAGCUGGUUUUGUGCGUAUGUUGAAACAGGAAGUGGACAAACACAAACUGUUGACACAAAGUUAUUAAAACUGUUAUUAUUGUAUGCUGCAACAUUAAAAUGUAUUUUAUUGGA